GCCCCUCACCUCACCGGCCAGCUUCUUUGCAGGCCUUCAUGGAGUCUGGCCGCCCUGGACCUCCAGGAUUGCCAGGGUACCAGGGGCCUCCUGGACCGAAGGGUGACAAAGGAGAAGUGGGCCCACCAGGACCACCAGGGCAGUUCCCGCUCGACCUCCUCCAGCUGGAGGCUGAAAUGAAGGGGGAGAAGGGUGAUAGAGGAGACCCGGGGCAGAAGGGCGAACGGGGUGAGCCCGGGGGUGGCGGAUUCUUCGGCUCCAGUGUGCCCGGCCCCCCCGGCCCACCAGGCUACCCUGGGAUUCCGGGUCCCAAGGGAGAGAGCAUUCGGGGCCAGCCAGGCCCACCUGGACCUCAGGGGCCCCCUGGCAUCGGCCAUGAGGGGCGUCAGGGGCCUCCUGGCCCCCCUGGCCCCCCUGGGCCCCCAGGGCCCCCUUCCUUCCCCGGCCCUUACAGGCAGACAAUCAGUGUUCCCGGCCCCCCAGGCCCACCUGGGCCCCCCGGACCCCCUGGAACCAUGGGCACCUCCUCAGGGGUAAGGAUCUGGGCCACGUACCAGACCAUGCUGGACAAGGUGCCGGAGGUUCCGGAGGGCUGGCUCAUCUUUGUGGCUGAGACAGAGGAGCUGUACGUCCGGGUCCGGAAUGGGUUCCGGAAGGUCCUGCUGGAGGCGCGGACACCCCUCCCACGUGGGACGGACAACGAGGUGGCCGCCCUACAGCCCCCGCUGGUGCAGCUGCACGAGGGCAACCCGCACCCCCGGCGGGAGCUCACCCACUCCACGGCGCGGCCCUGGCGGGCGGAUGACAUCCUGGCCGGCCCCCCGCGCCUGCCGGACCCCCGGCCCUACCCUGGCGCCCCCCACCACGGCCCCUACCUGCACGUCCAGCCGGCUCGCCCCACCGGCGGGCCCGCCCGCACCCACACCCACCAGGACUUCCAGCCCGUGCUCCACCUGGUCGCACUCAACAGCCCCCAGCCGGGCGGCAUGCGCGGCAUCCGGGGCGCGGACUUCCAGUGCUUUCAGCAGGCGCGCGCCGUGGGGCUGGCGGGCACUUUCCGCGCCUUCCUGUCCUCGCGGCUGCAGGACCUCUACAGCAUCGUGCGCCGCGCUGACCGCACGGGCGUGCCCAUCGUCAACCUCCGGGAUGAGGUGCUGUUUCCCAGCUGGGAGGCCUUGUUCUCCGGCUCCGAGGGCCAGCUGAAGCCCGGGGCCCGCGUCUUCUCUUUCGAUGGCAGGGACGUCCUGCAGCAUCCUGCCUGGCCUCAGAAGAGCGUGUGGCACGGCUCGGACCCCAGCGGGCGCCGUCUGACCGACAGCUACUGCGAGACGUGGCGGACAGAGGACGCGGCGGCGGCUGGCCAGGCCUCCUCACUGCUGGCGGGCAGGCUGCUGGCGCAGAAAGCCGCGAGCUGCCGCAAUGCCUUCAUCGUGCUAUGCAUCGAGAACAGCUUCAUGACCUCCUCCUCCAAGUAGGGGCUCUGCCGGCUCAGACAGGCGGACGGACAGUCAGACGGCCAGGCCGGGAGGCCAGCAGCAGGGGAGCGGGGAAGCCGCACUUAAGGAGCGUCUGCCCGCGCCCGCCCCCAGGGUGGGACCUGGCUGGCACUCUCCCGUAUGGUUCUGUGGUUCACGUUUCAUGUAACCCCCAAGAAAUAAAAGGAAGCCAAAGAGUGUAUUUUUUAAAAAGUUUAAAACAAAA